CCAACACAUCUGUUGGACCAGCUGGAACAACUAGCAUCGUGAGACUGAACAACUACUAGAUUCUUGGAUUUCUCAUCCACACCUGCCCAUUGUUGGAUGAAUUGGACUACAGACUCCAUGGACUCCAGCUGCAGAACUCCACCAAGCAACUCCUGGGUUUAUCCCACUGUGAUACUCUGCUUCUUUGGGUUUUUCUCCAUGUUCAGGCCUUCAGAGUCAUUCUUAAUCCCAUUUUUGUCUGAACCCAGUAAGAAUCUCACCAGUACAGAGAUGACAAAUGAGAUCCUUCCUGUUUGGACGUACUCUUACCUGGCAACGCUGCCACCCGUGUUUGUCCUCACCGACUACCUGCGAUACAAACCCGUCAUCAUGUUACACGUUGUGGCCUUCGCCACUAGCUACCUGUUUCUCUUGUUUGGCCAAGGUGUGAUACUCAUGCAGAUAGCAGAGUUCUUUUUUGGGAUUGUGUCAGCCACAGAGAUAGCCUACUUUGCCUACAUAUAUAGCAUGGUCAGCCCAGAGCACUAUCAGAAAGUAAGCAGCUACUGUCGGAGUAUCACGCUAGUGGCCUACACAGCAGGCUCGGUGCUAGCCCAGCUCCUGGUGUCCCUGAUAAGCGUGCCAUACUCUACCCUUUUUUUCAUAUCCUUGGCCUGUGUCUCUGUGGCUUUCUUUUUCUCACUUUUUCUACCAAUGCCUAAGAAAAGCAUGUUUUUCCAUACAAAGUCUGACAGAGAAGAUUGUCCAAAGCCACUGGAACAAUGUACUGUUCUCAAGGAAGCCCAGAACAACAGAGCUCACCCAGAACUGUUUGCCAAUUCAGAGAAUCUAGGGGACAAAGAGAUGAGCAACCUGGAGCCAGAAAAUUCAGCUUUGAGACACUUUGUGUAUUGGUUUCAGGAUCUGAAGGAGUGCUACUCCUCAAAGCACCUUGUUUACUGGUCCUUGUGGUGGGCUUUUGCCACAGCAGGUUAUAACCAAAUCUUGAACUAUGUUCAAGUCCUAUGGGAACACAAGGCACCCUCCCAAGAUUCUUCUAUCUAUAAUGGAGCAGUAGAGGCCGUAGCAACAUUCGGAGGAGCUUUGGCUUCAUUCUCAGUGGGCUAUAUAAAGGUCAACUGGGAUCUUCUAGGAGAGUUGGGACUGGCUGUCUUCUCGGCUGUCAUUGCAGGAUCUCUGUUUCUCAUGAAUUACACACUCAGCAUCUGGGUGUGCUAUGCUGGCUAUCUACUGGUCAAGUCUAGCUACUCGUUUCUUAUAACCAUCGCAGUCUUUCAGAUUGCAGUUAACCUGAGCUUAGAACGUUAUGCCCUGGUGUUCGGCAUAGACACCUUUAUUGCCUUGGUGAUUCAGACCAUCAUGACUAUGAUUGUGGUAGAUCAAAGAGGGCUCCAAUUGCCAGUAACUACUCAGUUUUUAGUUUAUGGGAGUUACUUUGCUGUCAUUUCGGGGGUCUUCCUAAUGAGAAGCAUAUAUAUUCUCUAUUCAGCUAAGUGCCGAAAAGAAAUACAGAACCUUGCUACCACCCAGAGUCCUGAUGAGCCACACCUACAAGAGCCAAGAGAUGUGUUAACAAAGUUCUAACCCAAUUACGUGGACUCCAGUCACAGAAGGGCAGGAUUUCAAGAUGGGCAGCCAGAAGUGCUUUGCCACACACAGGCACACUCUAUCAGUACAGAUUCCAAAACUACAAACUUCAGCCUCAGGCUAACUGCCCAACUAACUGCAAGCACUCCAUAUAUGGUGGUCAUGACAGCUGUAUUAGUGACUUUCUUGAUGCUAUGACAAAAUCUCUAACAAGAAGCAACUCAAGGGAGGAACUUAAUGUCUCAGUUCACAGUUUGGAGGGAUACAUUCCAUUACAAGAGGGAAGACAUAACUGCAGGACAAAGGAGCUACUGGACAUACUGCAUCUGCAAUCAGGAAAUAAAGAACAAUGAAACCUGGUGUUCAGAUCACUCUUUCCUUUUUAUUCAACAUACUACCCCAGCCAAGGGGAUGGUGCCACCCACAUUUACUGUAAUUAUUUCUACCUCAGUGAACCUAAUACAGAUAAUCCCUCACAGAUGUUCAAAGAGGCUUAUGUCUUCUAAUUCCAGAUCUUGUCAAGUUGACAAUAUUAACUGCCAAUAUUAACAUCUGACAACUCUUAUUGGUGGUCCCCAUGAAUAGCAAUAACUUGGAAAUUCUAGUUCUGAUGAGUUCAAAGAACAAGCAAAGGGUGUGGAAACAAGCCAUGAAGAAACUCCCUAAGUAUGACAAAACCCCAAGUGAGCACAGAUACCAGCAGGACUGACCUACAAUUGGCUUAUGUACUUUGUGGAUCUAAAAAGGCAGCACCUGGGACAAUUUUCUUCCUCUUCCACUAAGUGUAUUUCUGCUGCAACCUUCAGCUCUCUGAAGGAAUGACUAGGUUUGGUCCCAUUGCUGAGAGUUCCUCUUCAACUCUGAAAAUACCAUCAUUCUACUCAAAAGUUGUUACUGGAUAGUCUCACUGUUCUCAUCUUUUUCUUCUUGUGCUCCCUCCUGGACUUUGUGUUGGAAGCUUCCCGGAGGAAUCACUCCAGAAGUCACUCCAGAUGCUCCUGUGUGUCCAUGGAAUGCCCUUGCAUCUGUUCCCAGUGGCCAAGGAAAGAUGAAUCCCCUUCUUCCCAUCAUGAUUCUAGAUAAGUGUUUGAUUGAUGUAGAGCACUUCUGAAGGAAAUUCCAGAGCUUUCUGGCAGUUUUUAUAUAUAAAAAAAACAGUUGUAGAAAUUAAAUACUGAUUGUUUAAUUUAUUAUUAUGUUUGGUACUAACGUUCAAACACAGGGAUCAAACUAGGUAAGCAUUCUGUCACUAAGAUAUAUCCUUGGCCCCAUGCUUAAUUUUUAAAUGCCAAAGAUCAUGUUCAAUAAAAUAUUAAAAUUCUUUUUUA